AUGAAAUAUCAGUGUAAAAAGUGUGGCAAGUGUUUUAGCAGAGCAGGCAACCUAAGAAGACAUGAAAAACUGCAUAAUGGUGAGACGCCUUAUCAAUGCAAACAGUGUGGCCAUUGCUUUAGAGAAGCUGCUAACCUAAGGAGUCAUGAGCGGAUCCACACUGGAGAGAAGCCUUAUGAAUGCAAAAAGUGUGGCAAGUGUUUUAGACAUUCAAAAAGCCUCAGGAAUCAUAAAAGGAUCCACACUGGAGAAAAGCCUUAUGAAUGUAAACAGUGUGACAAGUCUUUUAGCCGAACAGAAAACUUAAAGAGUCAUGAAAGGGUUCACACUGGGGAAAAGCCUUAUAAAUGUAAAAAGUGUGGAAAGUGUUUUGGCCGAGCAGGAGGCCUCAACAGGCAUGAAAGAACGCAUACCAAAGAGAAGCCUUAUCAGUGCAAACAAUGUGGCAAGUGUUUUAGCGUAGCAGGAAGCUUAAGAUGUCAUGAAAGAGUCCACACUGGCGAAAAACCUUAUGAAUGCAAACAGUGUGGCAAGUGUUUUAGCACAGUAGGAAACCUAAGAAGACAUGAAAAAUUCCAUAGUGGAGAGAGGCCUUAUCAAUGCAAACAGUGUGGCCAUUGCUUUAGAGAAGGUGCUAGCCUAAGGAGUCAUGAGCGGAUCCACACUGGAGAGAAGCCUUAUGAAUGCAAAAAGUGUGGCAAGUGUUUUAGACAUUAAGGGAGCCUCAGGAAUCAUAAAAGGAUCCACACUGGAGAAAAGCCUUAUGAAUGUAAACAGUGUGGCAAGUCUUUUAGCCGAAAAGAAAACUUAAAGAGUCAUGAGAGGGUUCACACUUGGGAAAAGCUAGCCUGAAAUUCAUCCGAUUGCUUCGAGUCGUUUUCUCCUCUCAACAACGUCUGAAUCGACCAGCCGUUAAUGCCGUCCAGUGACGUCACUCACUACCCGAAAACCGGGUAGUGAUUUUCAUUGGUUGAUUGUCUAAACAUUCGCAUAAUUAUGUAUAAUUAUGAAAAAAUUUUAGCGGGAUUGUCAUUUGAUAUUCAGCGGAUCGCAUCCCUGGCAUUCUGUCGGUUAGUUCAAACAUUUCUAUGAGCUUAAUCUUUAUCUUAAACAGCAAAAUUGCCCUUGUCUUCGAAACUGAAAUGUUAAAUUGAACUGCGAAUGCAGAAUCAUCGCGGAGAGUCGGUAGGUGAGUUUUCAUUCAGAGUCGCUUUGUGGUUUCGGCGGCCGGUGAUUUUGUUUACGCGAAGUUUUCUGAAUUUUAAUUCGACCUUCUUGCUAUUUCACCGUCAAGUGUGAUGAUUCUGUUAGCUUUUCUUUCUUUUCUCCUUGUUUUUUUCUUCGUUAAGGACCAAAUAGCUUCUUUUCAAUUAAAGCAAAUCAUUUUGUUUUUGAACGAAGUGUUCCGUGUGUGUUUUUAUCAUGUUUUAUUUCAUUGCGUGAUUGCGACCGAGUUUGAUUAUAGAAUUUAGUACAACCAGUUCAGAGUUGUACCGCAUGCAGUUGAUUGUUUGAACGUUAAACAUGAACUACAAUCGAAAAAAAUAAAGCAGUUCUGUAUCUUGCAGACAUUUUCAAACGAUAUUUCUCGGUUUGCCACUUGAAAAUCGUGUUUUGCUUUUUGCAUGAAUUAAAGCAAAGGUCAAGGAGUAGUGACGUCACUGGAAGGCAUUAACGGCCGAUCGAUUCAGACGUUACUGAGGGAGUAAUAACGACUCGAAGUAAUCGGAUGAAAUUCAGGCUAGGGAAAAGCUAGCCUGAAAUUCAUCCCAUUGCUUCGAGUCGUUUUCUCCUCUCAACAACGUCUGAAUCGACCGCCCGUUAAUGCCGUCCAGUGACGUCACUCACUACCCGAAAACCGGGUAGUGAUUCUGAUUGGUUGAUUGUCUAAACAUUCGCAUAAUUAUGUAUAAUUAUGAAAAAUUCUAGCGGGAUCGUCGCUUGAUAUGCAGCGGAUCGCAUCCCUGGCAUUCUUUCGUGUAGUUCAAACAUUUCGAUAAGCUUAAUCGUUAUCUUAAACAGCAAAAUUGCCCUCGUCUGCGAAACUGAAAUGCUAAUUGAACUCCGAAAGAAGAAUCAUUGCGGAGAAUCGGUAGGUUUUUUAUUUGGAGCCGCUUUGUGGUUUCGGCGGCCGGUGAUUUUCUGAGAUCAAUAUUAUAAUUCGACCUUCUUGCUAUUUUUACCGUCAAGUGUAAUGAUUCUGUGAAAGGUUUGAACCCAUUACCUACUUUCGUAAUGAUUCUGUUAGCUUUUCUUUCUUGUUUCCUUGUUUUUUUCUUCGUUAAGGACCAAAUAGCUUCUUUUCAAUUAAAGCAAAUCAUUGUGUUUUUGAACUAAUUGUUCGGUGUGUAUGUUUAUUUCAUUGGGUGAUUGCGACCGAGUUUGAUUAUAGAAUUCAGUACAACCGGUUCAGAGUUGUCCUGCAUGCAGUUGAUAGUUUGAACGUUAAACAUGAACUAUAUAUGUUGCGAUCGAAAAAAAUAAAGCAAUUCUGUGUCAUGCAGACAUUUCCAAACGAUAUUUCUCGAUUUGCCACUUGAAAAUCGUGUUUUACUUUUUGCGCGAAUUAAAGCAAAGAUCAAGGAGUAGUGACGUCAGUGGACGGCAUUAACGGCCGGUCGAUUCAGACGUUUCUGAGGGGGUAAUAGCGACUCGAAGUAGUCGGGUGAAAUUCAGGGAAAAGCCUUAUAAAUGUAAAAAGUGUGGAAAGUGUUUUGGCCGAGCAGGAGACCUCAGCAAACAUAAAAGAACGCAUAACAAAGAGAAGCCUUAUCAAUGCAAACAAUGUGGCAAGUGUUUUAGCGAAGCAGGAAGCCUAAGAUGUCAUGAAAGAGUCCACACUGGCGAAAAACCUUAUGAAUGUAAAGAGUGUGGCACGUGUUUCAGAGAAUCGAGUUUCCUUAGAAGUCAUGAGAAGGUUCACACUUGAGAAAAGCCCUAUUGUUGUAAAAAGUGUGGCAAGUAUAUUAGUCUAGUAGGAACCUUAGAAGACAUAAAAGAGUGCAUAAUGGUGAGAAGCCUUUUCAGUGCAAACAGUGUGGCAAGUGUUUUAGCAAUGCAGGAAGCCUAAGGUAUCAUGAAAGAGUCCACUCUGGAGAAAAACCUUAUGAGUGCAAACAGUGUGGCAAGCGUUUCCGAACGUCAAAUUACCUUAGGGAGCACGACAAGGUACACACUGGAGAAAAGCCC